AUUCCAACCAAUCAAAGCGUAAAAAUUUCCUCUUCCAUUUUCCACUUCUUACAUCCACAAACGAACCAACAGCGAUUGCCAGGAGUAGCACUUUUAGCAGGCAAGAAAGAGACAAUUCUGAUUAUAGUAUAGUUGCAAUUGAAUUAACCAGAAAGACUGAAUCAAUUGAAGAAGAGAAACGAAGCGAAGAGAGAGGGAGAUGGGGUCACUAGAAACAUGGAGGAAGGCCUACGGCGCUCUUAAAGAUCAUACCAAAGUCGGACUAGCCCAUGUCAAUUCUGAUUUCAAGGAUGUGGAUGUGGCGAUCGUCAAGGCGACCAAUCAUGUGGAGCAACCACCAAAAGAGAGACACCUCAGAAAAAUUAUGGCGGCCACAUCUGCAAUUCGGUCUCGUGUUGAUGUUGCAUACUGCGUACAUGCACUUUCGAGACGACUGGCAAAGACACACAACUGGACGGUUGCAUUAAAGACUUUAAUAGUUAUUCAUAGAACACUGAGAGAAGGCGAUCCUAUGUUUAAAGAGGAACUCCUGAAUUUCCAACAGAGAGGCCGUGUCCUCCAAAUGUCCAAUUUCAAGGAUGAUUCAAGCCCCAUUACUUGGGAUUUCUCUGCCUGGGUAAGGACAUAUGCACAGUUCCUGGAAGAACGUCUCGAAUGUUUUAGGAUUCUUGGGUAUGACAUUGAAGCCGAGCGGCUUCCUAAACCUGCACAAGGGCAAGAUAAGAGUUACAGUAGAACUAGAGACUUGAGUAGUGAAGAACUUCUAGAGCAGUUGCCUGCUUUGCAGCAACUACUAUAUCGCCUAAUUGGAUGUCGGCCUGAUGGAGCAGCAGUAGGGAACUACCUGAUUCAGUAUUCCCUUGCGUUGGUGCUCAAAGAGAGUUUCAAAAUAUAUUGUUCCAUAAAUGAUGGGAUAAUCAAUCUUGUUGACAAGUUUUUUGAGAUGCCAAGACAUGAAGCCAUCAAAGCACUGGAUGUGUAUAAAAGAGCGGGACAGCAGGCUGCUGGUCUUUCUAAUUUUUAUGAUAUUUGUAAAGGACUUGAGCUUGCUAGAAACUUCCAUUUCCCUUUGUUGAGAGUGCCUCCACAGUCUUUUCUGGUAACAAUGGAAGAAUAUAUAAGAGAAGCUCCUAGAAUGGUUUCUGUUGCCAGUGUGGCCUUGGAAUAUCCUGAAAGGCUAUUGCUGACAUACAAGCAAGAGGAUGCUCCUCCACCUUCGGAAGAUACAAAAGACCUGGAGGAGGAAGCCAUGCCACCACCAGCCGCUGAAGUUCCCAUCUCAUCUAAUGAGACAGCAGUUUCUCCACAACCACCUGCUAACUUGGACAUUGAUGAUCUGCUAGGGUUGAAUGUUACCAUGCAAGAUGCAUCUGCAAUUGAGGAAAGCAAUGCCUUGGCUUUAGCUAUUGUUACAUCUGGCACUGCAACAGUUGACUCUGAUGCCUCCCAAGCAAAAGGGUUUGAUCCUACUGGAUGGGAACUUGCCCUAGUAACGGCUCCUAGCACUAACUUAUCAUCAGUACAGGAAAGGCAAUUGGCAGGAGGACUGGAUUCGCUCACGCUUGACAGUUUAUACGAUGAAGGCGUGUAUAGAGCGUCCCAACAACCAGUUUAUGGAGCAGGAGCAGCUGCUCAUAAUCCGUUUGAAGCUAGCGAUCCAUUUGCAAUGUCGAACAGUGUUCCUAUGCAUCCAGCAGCAGCAGCAGUUCACAUGGAAGCUAUGCCUCAAAAUCAUAACAAUCCAUUUAUUCCAUUUCAAUCUGUAUAUCCGCAAACGCAACAGCAACAUCUCCUGACGGGCCAACAAAAUCCUUUUGGGGAUACGGGGUUCGGAGCGUUUCCUGCUGCAUAUCACCAAACGACUAAUCCUUUUGGGAGUAGUGGCCUUUUAUAAUAGAAGUUGUAGGCGUAUAGAAUGUAAUUUUUUAGGUUUAUUGAUUUUGAUAACGUAUGGGAGGAAAUUGUAAUUGUUUGUAAGUUGUGUUCAUAUAUUUGUGUUGAGAGAGAUUUAAUUGUA